GGUUGUGUUUGUGUGUGUCUGGCAGAAAAACCUACCAAGUGAAAGAGAUAGAGAGAGAGAAAGAGAGAGAGAGUCAGAGAACCAAAGUAUCCAGCCCUUUGGCCUUUUCUAUUCCUCUCACUUCUUCAAAGAAGAACUAUACAAAGAGAAGCAGACAGAAAGAGAGAGAGAGAGAGAGAGAGAUCAUAUUAAGCCUUUUCACCCUACCAAAUCAAUUAAUUCAUCCUCUCUUCCUCAAUAUACUUUUCAAUAUUCCUUCUUGCCAACCUCAGUGAGAAAUCUAAACCCCAACUUCCAAAAUACUCCUUUUGGAUAAUAAAGGAGUAAGAAGGCGGCUGCUCGGUCAUUGAAAGGCUGCUCGUGAGUGAUCUUUUCGUGAUCUCGGUCGAUUGGAGAUUAUUAGCUCAGGUAAACAAUAGCGAUUGAUUGAUGAUGAGCGGGAUGAAGCAGGAGGAUAUUCAUCACCAAGGGGAGUGCUCCCAGAGUAGUGUCCAUAAUCUACAACCCUACCAUCAACAGGAUCAGUUGCUUUUCCAUCAGCACCAUCACGGCCCGGAUAUAUUUAGCGGCGGAGGAGGUGACGGCAGCGGUGGCGGAUUGAUUUUCCCGGAAGUAACCCCUAUACUUCCUUGGCCUCUCCCUCCAGUCCACGCCUUCAACCCUAGCCAAUUCUCUCCUAGCGCCAACCCAAGUCCCCGAGAUCACCACAUCAUCGAUCCUUUUCUCCUUCCCCCGCCGCCGCCACCUUAUGGGAGCUUCUUCAAUAGGAGGGCGGCUAGUUCCCUACAAUUCGCGUACGAUGGACCGACCUCCGAUCACCUGAGGAUCAUAUCGGACACGCUCGGGGUCGGGGCUGUCCCGGGUUCCGGUGCACCUUUCGGCCUUCAGGCCGAGCUUGGGAAGAUGACAGCUCAGGAAAUAAUGGAUGCUAAGGCCCUCGCCGCAUCUAAGAGCCAUAGUGAGGCCGAAAGGAGGAGGAGGGAGAGGAUCAACAAUCAUCUCGCUAAGCUCCGGAGCUUGUUACCUAGCACCACCAAAACGGAUAAAGCUUCAUUGCUCGCAGAAGUGAUCCAACAUGUGAAGGAGCUGAAACGGCAGACUUCCCUGAUUGCUGAGACAAGUCCGAUACCCACCGAGAUCGAUGAGCUGAUGGUCGAUACGUCAGAUGAGGAUGGGAAGUUUUUGAUCAAGGCAUCGAUAUGCUGUGAGGAUAGGCCCGAUCUCUUGCCCGACCUAAUCAAGACCCUAAAGGCAAUGCGGUUGAGAACCCUGAAGGCCGAGAUCACGACCCUUGGUGGACGUGUGAAGAACAUUUUGUUCAUAACCGGGGAAGAAGACUUGAGUAGUAAUAGUAGCGGAGAUCACCAACAAUCACCCCAACAAUAUUCUAUAAGCUCUAUUCAGGAAGCUCUUAAAGCAGUAGUGGAGAAAGCUGGUGGUAAUGGCGACGAGUCUUCUUCAGCGAGUGCUAAGAGACAGCGUACUACUAACAUUAACAUCAUCGAACACAGGUCUCUUUGAUUGUUGUCUAUUCGACCUUCUAUGUUAUGCUUUCUUUGCCCUUCAGUUUUCCGGGCGUGCUGGUAUAUUGUGUCUAUUUUCAUUUGCAUUUUCGUUCUUAUUGCUGAGGAGGUAUACGGGUCUUUUAUUGCACCCGGUUAAUUCUCGAGACAAAUGGUCUUGAUCUCAUCCUUGAAUUUGGUGUGCCGACUUUGUGUUUUUGAGUGCCUGAAACAAAUGGGGAAAGUGAUGUGUUUUGAACACUUGUAUAUUUCUCCAUUUGGUAUACGGGGACAUGCUAGGAGGAUAUAUGUGGUAAGUGUCUGAUACGGCCAAAAUAUAUCGACUUCCUUGAACA